ACAAAUGCUGAGCUAUCCGCCUGCACGGUGCAAGAGCAGUCAAGAGGAAAGAUCCUGAUCGACGAUGCAACCCUCAACCAUUCAACCCUACAAAUGAGGGAUGACCCCAACCAUCCUAUUUUGUCGGGGAAGAUCCGACGAAGAUGCCGAGAACGUCCAAAAUGCAUAUGAAACUCUAUUUGCCGCUAGCGGGUUUCAAUGUAUAUUUGUUCCAGUACUGGGGCAUGUCUGCACGAACUUGGACGAACUGACUGUCAUUCUGACAGAAAGAGAACAUGAAUAUGGAGGGUUCAUUGCCACUAGUAAGAGAGCACUCGAAGCGUUGAAGAUAUGCUGGGGUCGAGCAGUAGAUACUGUAAAAGAUUUCGAGCAAACCGCGGGCGGAAAUUGGCGUAACAAACCUUUCUAUGUAGUGGGUAAAGCAACUGGUGCCGCAGCACGCGACGCAGGAUUUAAGCCUGUAGGCGAGUGUGCGGGAACGGCUGACGUACUUUCGGAUAUCAUAAUUAACGAAGGCCGUCCUUCUGCACCAUUGCUUUUCUUGGCUGGUGAUAAAGCCAGAGAUGUUCUUCCGCAACGUCUGUCCGCCGCGAAUAUUCCUUUGGAAAAGGUUAUGGUAUAUCGGACGGGUCCUUUGCCGGAUUUUGAAGCCGUGUUAGCUGCCCAAAUCGCAGGCUGUUCCAGAGACACUGAUAUCGAUUGGGUGGUGUUUUUCAGCCCGUCGGGUGUUGACGUGGCCCUUGCAAGUCUGAGAGAAAUGACAUGGUGGAGCAAGGUGCGAUGUGCAUCUAUUGGGCCCACGACAAGUCGCCGGCUGCAAGACGAGCAAGUAAAAGUAUCUGCCGAGGCCGGCACGCCAUGCCCUGAAGCUUUACUGGCAGCAGUGCUGCAAACGUCAAAAAGCCCAUCUACCGAAAUACCAAUUUACCAAUCUGCACCAAUACUCAAUCUAUGAUAUGUACAAUUUGCGACGCUUUUGCGACCAACGUUCGACCUCCGUGGCAAAUUUGUGCCCUCUAUUUACUUGGGGCGCCUCUACCCCUCAUCCCGCGGAACUUCCCUCUAACGUUGCCGCGUAUUACUCCACGACCAAGCGCUGCUGCAUGUGGAUGAUGUAGCAGUUGGGAAGCAGCUUGUUGUUGGUGCUGAAGUUGCUGUAGCUGUAUAGGGUGUAUUGCUGUUGUGCCGUUCAUAAGUUGUGGCGCAAUGGUAGCAGUGACACCCUGAGCUUGCGAAACUCCUAUUGGUUGCACUACGUGAUAGAAAUCAGUGAACAAGACGCGAGCAUACAGGUUGUUGCGGUGUAGGGACGUACCUGCUGCCCUUUGCAUUGAAGAGUCAAUAUCCUCAAUAAGCUUAUUAGACAGAGUGUAGUGGAUUUUGAAUUGUUGAAUAUACCACCAGGCAGCGGCCAGAUUUCCCAAAGGAAAUCUAUCAUAACGAC